UACCUGAUGAUCUGACGGACUCACACUGACGAGUCUUUAUGUCAUCUGAUGUCAGAAGUCAAUUGUUCAGUUUCAAUUAAUGAAUAUCCAAAAAUUUUGUCACCAAGUUUUUUCGUCACCUUGAACCCUUCAAUUUGCGUACUUUCUUGUUUAUAUCCAACACUUGUUUUGAGAUAACGAUGAAAACUGAUCGAGUUAUACUGCAGCUGAUGUGUUUCUCACUGUAACGAGGCAAACGUUUUUCUCAAAUGCUAACGGCUGUGGGCAGCUCGAAUUCGAACUGAUGUAGGGGAAAAAAUCGGCGUGCCAUUGGAUAGUUCUCUGGGGAAUUAUCAAUCGAGGAGAAAUGUCGGUUGGUGGCCUGAAAGUCCCUAGGUCAUUGCCAUUCUGCGCUGCAUUCAUGACUGAUGACUGAUUGUUUAUUCACUCACACGAUUUUUUGGGUUAUAAACCGGCAUUUUUACUUGUGAAAUAAACAUUUCAACAAUGCCAGAAGACAUUGAAAAACAAAAACUGCUCUAUAACACAGUAUUAGCUCAGACAUUCUCGCCAAGUGGUAAAUUUUUGAUAUGCAGCAACAUUUAUGGUGAUAUUUCCAUAUUUGAUAUUCCAAAGGUACUGGGACCCAGCAAAGAGAACGACAAUGAUCUCCAAGGGCCACUGUACAAAUUCACAGCACAUGCCGAUCAUCACGUUGAGAGUAUGGUGACAACAGACAAUUUUUUGGUAACCGGUACUGCCGGUGAAAUUUGUGGAUGGGACUGGAAAGUUUUGACUUCAGAUAAAGCAUCGAAAAUGAAAGUGUCGUGGACCGUCCCGAUGCCAGUUGAUAGGGACACUUCGGAGAAACCUGACGUUAAUUACAUGGUUUAUUCAAAGUCAAAUCAUAUACUCUAUGCAGGCUGUGGGGAUAACAAAAUUUAUGCUCUUGAUAUGGAGCAUGGCAAAGUCCUGAGGAAAUUUGAAGGACAUACAGAUUAUAUUCACAGUUUAGCCCUAUUGAAUAAUCAAUUGGCAUCAACGAGUGAAGACGGUUCAGUGAGACUCUGGGAUUUACGUAAAAAUGAUAACACAAAUAUCAUUCAACCACAUUUGUUCGACAAAGUAGCAAGGCCAAGGCUGGGAAAAUGGAUAGGGGCAGUUGAUUUCACGGAUGACUGGCUGGUGUGUGGGGGUGGUCCAAGUCUCUCACUGUGGCACCUUCGGACGAUGGAACCAGCAACGAUCUUCGAACUCCCAGAUCAAGGAAUCCACGUCGUCUCAAUCUACGAAGAACGAAUCAUCGCCGGAGGGGCAAUGCCUCACGUUUAUCACCUCAGCUAUCAAACCGAUACCCUUGCAAAAGUACCUACCUCAAGUAACACAGUCUACAGUAUUGUCUAUCACGAGACUCCUCAGAAGAUCCUCAGCAUCGCUGGGUCCAGCAAUAACAUCGACAUCUGUACGAACUUCAAUUAUAGAGAAUUGAUGUUGAGAUUUGCAUGAAACCCAUUCAAACUACCUUCUGUGUAUGAUUGCACUGGAGUAAGAGGAAUUGGUAGGCCAGGUUGACAACAGAAAUAUCAAAACCAUUCAUUUAUAAAGAACUGUGUUUAUGCGAAAACAUUAAAAACAGCUGAGGCGGUGAA